AUGCUCUGCGGAAUAUCUCGAAUAUCACCACGGUCUAUCAUUGCAACUGGAAUCUUCUUUAUCACCGCACUGGUCACUGCAAAUCUUGGAAUUGGAGCGACCGUCUCGCCCUCACCAGACGGACACCCAGCUUACUUGCCGGUCUACCCAUCCACAGAUGAAGUUGCAUUCAUGUUCUCUACCGUUGCCAUUUCCCAGGUAGUCAAUUCGUUCCUAGUUCCAGCUCUCUUGCCCCGUUACACCAAUUCAAACGUGGUCUACAGUUGCAUUGCAGGGCUCCAAUUCGGUCUAGGCUUGCUUAUAACUGGCAUGGCAAAUCCAGAAAAGGUCCUUGGUUUCUUCAACUGGUUUGAUUCUUCCAAGUUUGAUCCAUCUCUUGCGCUUGUCAUGGUAUUCGGUGUCGGACCCAGUCUUUUAUCUUAUUUAUAUAUGAAAACGGAGUGCGGCAACGAAGAUGGUUUGAAACCACCACUUCUGGCUGACCGAUUUAGCCUACCAACUGCUACAGUAGCAGAUAUUGAUUGGAGGUUUAUGGUUGGUUGCGUUGCGUUUGGUAUUGGAUGGGGACUAAGUGGUGUUUGUCCUGGCCCCGGAUUGUUGAGAUCGGCUCUCUCACCGCUUUGGGGAGCACCAUGGCUCGCUGGCUUCUGGCUGGGUAGCCUCCUUGGAAUUUGA